GCUGGGGUUAGGCCAGGUGUGCAUUCCAGAGGGGUCUGAGGGUGCUUGAAGGAAGCGAUUCAAAAGUGAGACGCGGAGAGUAGCCAAGCGAAGAUGGGGGAAGAAGAAAGGGUGGUGGAGAGGAGACACCGGCGGUCAGAGUGGACCCCUUCCCUCCUUCGGGAGCGCGUCCUGCCGCGCGGCUUCCCCGGGGGCUUCCCCUGCCAUGGUUUUCCUUCCGCUUCUCCGGUGCCCCCUUUCCAGUGUCCUCACGGAUUGACUCCUCUUGCAACAUCUGACCUGCUCUCCCAAGGGCGGGUCGGCCUCCUCUUGUACGGUGCCUUCUCCGAGGGUUCGGUGACCACGGAUAACCUUGAUCCCAGCGUGAGGAGCACGGUCCCAGCCUGUCGGAAAGAGCAGGUGGUCUGCACGCGGGUGGCAAGCGGUGGCAGGCUGCCGGAAUCACCCCAAUCCUCCCCGAGCUCAGAACUCUACUUGGGGUCAUGACCUUUGGGCUUGAACCUCUCUGUGCCUGGAAUUCGCGCCCUGCGUGACUGCGCGACCUUCUCCAACUUUAAGUCUCAAUCACACGCCUCCUCCUCCGAGAAGCCUUCGCGGGUCACGCGGUCCCAGAGGCCGACAGACCCAGUUAUACGCAACUCCGGGACCUGGCUCAUUGGUUCCAAACGUGUCCCAAAGCCUGCCAUCUGUUCCCCACCUCCUGCCAGCAGUGUGCCCAUCUCUGUGGUGGGCGCUGUCGCGCAUUCACCCAAUGGCUUGGCUUGAGAGUUCUGGAAUCGGCUUUGAUUCAUCACAUUUUCUCUUCUCGGCAAAGCCUCUGCCUUCAAAGCCCAUCCUCCCCCAAGAAGUUACACACGGAACUACCACAGGACCCAGCGAUUCCACUCCCGGGCACACGCCCAAAAGGACGAGCACAGAUGGUAACCAUGGGUACGAGAGCCUUGCCGAGUUCUGGGCAUCCUUCCAGCAGAUCAUCAAACCUGCUUGCUUUAACUGGGGACCCCCGAAGUUCAGUCCGGUGCUUAACAUGCCGUGGCAUCCCUCCCCAGGCGUGCCUGCCUGCCCCGCCCUCCUCCCCAUCUCCAUGCCGUAUGAGAAAGCCCAGUACCUUCUGGAAUCUCUCAUUCCCCCUACCCCAAGGGAGGAGGAUAAAGGAUCAUCUAAUCCAGGCUUAUGGAGGGCUGUGAAGGCAUCGCUGCUCAGGACUAUUCCCGGACACAUCUUGUUGUGUAAACGAAUCCGUCUACACCAGUCUCGGCUUUUCUUCAAAUGGAUCUACAUCUUUCCUGUCUCCGGGCCCUUGCACUUGGCUCUUCCCCCAGAUAUUCUUAUAGAUCCCUUCCUCAUUUCCUUCUGGUCUUUGCUCAGGGGCAAAAGAAGUUGGAUGAGUGUCCCGAAUUUACUACUCAGAGUUCCAGGAGGAAAUAUCCAGUGGUCUGACGGUCAUCUGAAUCCCCUCCCUGUGGGGCCUGAACCGGGCCCUCCUGUUCCCUGGAGAGUCACUCCUUUGCUCUGGAAUUAGACAUCACCAAGAGCUCUCCGUGACUCCUUACACGGCCUUGCUUGUCUGGAGAGUAGCUCUUGGCCAAGACCUGGCAGUCACGAGCCAUGGACCGGUAUAGCCUUGGGGACGAGGACGCCCUUCCUCCAGAGGUGCACCUCCCUUCGUUUUCCGAGAGCCAGGGACUCAAUUGCAGCGACACCCUCGACCGGGAUCUGGGUCCCAGUGCACGAGACCUGCUCUAUGCCGGCCUGAGUGGUUUGGACCUGGACCCCAGCCUCCCAGCUCCUGACAUGCCCAGCGAGGCACUGGAGGACAACUUAGACACCCUGUCCCUGUACUCGGGGAAGGACAGUGACUCUGUGAAGCUGCUGGAGGAGUAUGCAGACCCAGAAACUCAGGCGUCCCUGCAAGACCUGGGGCCAGGCGCUCUUAAGGUGCCUAAAGAGGCUGACGAAGGAGGCAGGGCCGCCUCGGGGAGCGCGAGGAAAGGAAAGCGGCAGCACGCUUCCCCUCAGAACCCGCUUCUGGACUGCAGCCUCUGCGGGAAGGUGUUCAGCAGCGCCAGCUCCCUUAGCAAGCACUACCUGACGCACAGCCAGGAGAGGAAACACGUCUGCAAAAUCUGCGGCAAGGCCUUUAAGCGCCAGGACCACCUGACCGGGCACAUGCUCACCCACCAGAAGACCAAGCCGUUCGUGUGCAUCGAGCAGGGCUGCAGCAAGAGCUACUGUGACUACCGCUCGCUGAGACGCCACUACGAGGUCCAGCACGGCCUGUGCAUCCUGAAGGAGGCCCCCCCGGAGGAGGAAGCCUGCGGGGACUCCCCUCACGCCCGCGAGGCCGCCGGCCGGCCGGCCCCCGGUGGCUCGCGAGCCCCCGGGCCCCCCGAAGCCCGGUCCCCCGGCUCCCUCCUGCCCAACCGGGACCUCCUGCGCUGCAUCGUGAGCAGCAUCGUCCACCGGAAGGUCCCCUCUCCCGGCCCGGCGGGGCCUCCGGACGGCGGGGAGGAGAGGACCGCGGCCCGUCCCCGCGCGCCCUCCUCCGGGCCCUCCUCGUGCACCCCCGCCGGCAUGCCGGGGGCCCCCGGAAACCUGGGCACCGAGGUUCCCGAGGAGCCUCGUCCCCCACGGAAGGAGCCUGCCGCCGCCAUGUUCACGGCCAUCCACCGGAGAGCGGUGGAGAACGGGGGCACCGACCCGGCCGGGCCAGAGCCGCCUCUGCUCCAGCGCCCGCCCGCCCUGGAGGGCUGGCCCGAGGGCGGCCCGCGGCCGGCCCGCCUGCCUCUGUUCCGAGGCCAGACGGUCCCCGCAGGCUCCCAGCCGUCGAGCCACAACUUCCAGUGGCUGCGGAACCUGCCCGGCUGCCCCAAGAGCAAAGGGAACAACGUGUUUGUCGUCCACAAGCCCCCUUCGGUGCCGUCGCGGGAGGGCUGCGAGUCUGGCCCUGGGCCCAGCAGCACCUCCCCCGUGGGGGAGCCCUCGCCUGGCGUGGGCACCGGUCGGGAGGACGCGUCGUCACCCUACCCUGCCACGUUCCUGAAGGCUCCCGGGGAGGCCUCGGGCGACCCCAGAUAUGCUGGCGGGGAAGACGACUCCUGGGGUUCCAAGAAAAGCAAGUUUGACUGUGACUCCUUCCUGUGGCGGAACCCCGGGGAGCCCGGCCUCCAGGAGGCCCAAAAGCCCAGCGGCCUCCCGUCGGACGCCACGCCGCUCUUCCGGCAGCUCUUCCUCAAGUCCCAGGAGUCCCUGGUGAGCCACGAGCAGAUGCAGGUGUUCCAGAUGAUUGCCAAGUCCCAGCGGAUCUUCUCACAGCUCCCCGGGCCCGAGGGCAAGCAGGCCGCCCUGAAGCCACUGCCGGGGCCCUGGCCGCAGCAGCCCCCGCCGCCGGCAGCCCCUGUUGAGUCGCUGCACGCUGGCCCCGGAAACCCGGAGCCAGAGGGGUCCCCAGCCCGCAGGAGGAAAGCCACGCCUGCGUUCCCCAGAGAGGCCUCCCCAGGCGGCACCAGGCGGGAGGCGAAGGGAGGUCUGAAAACCGCCGCUGCUCCGCCGUCCCUCCCAGCGUCGUCACUGGACCCUCCCGGGAACCCAGACGUCUCCUCUCUGGCCAAGCAGCUGAGAUCCACGAAAGGGACCUUGGACCUGGGGGACAUCAUCUCCCCGGGGGGCCCACGGCAGACCCAGUCAGGUGGGGAUGAGCCCCUCGGAGCCCCGCUCCCAGGGAAGCAGGCCCAGGCGGAGAAUGGCGCGGCUCUGGGGGCCGCGAAAGGUGAAAAGAGCCAGGCCUGCGCCCGGGGCGGGGGCUACAGGCUCUUCUCGGGCAACCCCAGGUCCCAGCGCUUCUCCGGCUUCCGGAAGGAGAAGCUGAAAAUGGAUAUGUGCUGUGCGGCUUCCCCGAGCCAGGUAGCCAUGGCCUCCUUCUCGUCAGCCGGGCCUCUGGCAGAGCCCCCCCAGGACCCGAAGUCCAAGCUGACGAUUUUCAACAGAAUCCAGGGUGGAAAUAUCUACCGGCUGCCCCAUCCGAUGAAGGAGGAGAACGUGGCAGAUGGAUGUAGCCAGCAAAACGGGGGCCCUGCAGACUGGGCAGAGCCAGGGAGCACUUACGUCUGCAAGAACUGCAGCCAGAUGUUUUAUACAGAGAAGGGGCUGAGCAGCCACAUGUGUUUCCACAGCGACCAGUGGCCGUCACCUCGAGGGCAGCAGGAGCAGCAGGAGUCUGGCGUGGAGUUUUGCCAACCACUGAGACAGGUGCCGAGGCCGGAGGGCGACGGGCAGAGUCCCCCAGGAGCCAAGAAGUCCCCGGACAGCCCCGCCGUGGCCCCUUUGGCGGUCCCUGCGUCGCUGCCCGCAGCUCCACUGAACCGACCCCCCGGGAGCACCGCCAAGGGACAAGAGAAAGACGGGGAAGACAGAGACAGCAAGGAGAGCAGCCAACACAGGAAGCGGAAGAAGCGCCCCCAGCCCAAGGCCUUGUUCGCGCCUCCUCCACCCUCGUCGCCGUCGCCGGGAGAGCCGGGCCUGGGAGGAUGCCACCAGAGCUGCCUGCGGUCUCCGGUGUUCCUGGUGGACCGCCUCCUGAAGGGGCUAUUCCAGUGCUCUCCGUAUACGCCGCCCCCAAUGCUCAGCCCCAUCCGGGAGGGCUCUGGGCUCUAUUUCAACACCCUCUGCUCCACCUCUGCUCACGCCGGGCCCGACAGACUCAUCAGCAGCAUGCUUGAUCAAGUGGAUGGCUCUUUUGGCAUCUGCAUGGUAAAGGAUGACGCCAAGAUCAGCAUUGAACCACACAUCAACAUAGGAAGCCGGUUUCAGGCUGAGGUCCCAGAGCUCCAGGAGAGGUCGCUGGCCGGAACGGAUGAGCACGUAGCUUCUCUGGUCUGGAAGCCGUGGGGAGAUGUGAUGACCAACCCGGAAACGCAGGACAGAGUGACCGAGCUCUGCAACGUGGCCUGCUCCAGCGUGAUGCCGGGAGGGGGCACCAAUCUGGAGCUCGCCCUGCACUGCCUGCACGAAGCCCAGGGCAGCGUUCAGGUUGCCCUGGAGACCCUCUUACUCAGAGGACCCCAGAAGCUGCAGACUCACCCACUGGCCGACUACCGCUAUACAGGUUCAGACAUCUGGACCCCCGUGGAGAAGAGGCUUUUCAAGAAGGCGUUCUGCACCCACAAGAAGGACUUUUACUUGAUCCACAAGACGAUUCAGACAAAGACUGUAGCCCAGUGUGUUGAGUACUAUUACAUCUGGAAAAAAAUGAUCAAGUUUGACUGUGGCCGAGCCCCAGGCCUGGAGAAGAGGGUCAAGAGAGAGCCAGAGGAGGCAGACAGGACAGAAGCAAAGGUCACUUGCAGCCCUCGGGAGAGACCCAGCCACCGCCCCACUCCCGAGUUCAAGAUAAAGACCAAGAGUUACAGGAGGGAGUCCAUUCUCAACUCUAGCCCAAACGCCGGCCCCAAGCGGACCCCCGAGCCGCCGGGGAGCGCGGAGGGCCGGGGCGUUUUCCCCUGCAGGGAGUGUGAGAGGGUGUUCGACAAAAUCAAGAGUCGAAACGCCCACAUGAAGCGACACCGGCUUCAGGACCACGUGGAGCCCGUCGUCCGGGUGAAGUGGCCUGUGAAGCCUUUCCAGCUGAAGGAGGACGAGGAGGAGGAGAUGGGGGCCGACAUCGGGCCCCUGCAGUGGUGACGCCUGGGUGGAGAGCUGGGGCGAGGCGGCGAGGCAGCCCCGCAGCCCUUCCCCUCGGCCUCUCCGGGGCGUCUGGGCCCCCCCUCUGCCUCCUCCCCACCCUCACCGUCCCGCAGUGGCCAGCCUGGCUUGGAAACACGGUGGGCGUUUGGCCAUAAGUAGGCAGGAGAAGCACCCAGUCGCCAGACCGCGGUGACGUCCCUGUCGGCCGGUGCCAGGGGCUCCACGCUCUUUAGGUCGAUAGUGUCCCCCCUUCUUUCAGUUCCACUCUGUCCCGGAGCAGGGAGGCGUGGGGAGGGAGCGAGGCAGACCUGGGUAGCUCUUAAAUCUUAGCCUCAGUUUUGGGGUUUGGUUACAUUUGUUCGAUAGCUAAGGCCGAGAUGUAGAGAAUCAGUGGGAAGAUACCUUCAGAUCUCCGGCCUGUUGGGGCCCCUCCCCAGGGGAGUCUGUCUGCUUUCCAGAUUCAGUCCCUAGUCUGGCAAGGACUUGUACAUGGUUGGGUUUUUUUUGUACGUGUCGACUUGUAAGUCUUAUUAAAUUGGGUUCUUGA